GACUCAAGUCUCAACAGUCAACAGUUGGGAACAAUUAGCAGUAAUUGAGAAGAUAGUUUCUAAUUUAUUACUAUGUUCUUGUGAAAAUAUGGAAGAAUUAUACAAUAUAGUGCCUUGUAGAGAAAGUCAACUAAACGAUUUAGUUGAACUUUUAGGCGAUCAUGGAGAAACUUUACCGUGCUCGAUAUUCCUUAGUGGAAGUUUAGCUACCGGCAAAACUGUCUGUGUAAAUACAGUAUUAGACUAUUUGAAUUUAAAAUACGUUUUAAUUGACUGCAUUGAAUGUUAUUCCGCAAAAAUUAUGUUUGAAGAAAUUCUAAAAAUACAUGGAGAUCAAGGCACAAAGUGUGAUACUUUAUCAGAUUUAAUUAAUAAUCUAAACCGUUUAUCCGAUAUAAUCAAAUACGAUCCAAUCGUUUUAGUAUUUGACAGAGCAGAAAGAUUAAGAUGUAUGGACCAUAGUAUAAUAUCCGCUUUCCUCAGACUGCGUGAAUUGUGUAGUCUUAAUAUUUGUACUAUUUUCAUAAGUCAACUUGUUUACGAUAACUUUUACUUUAAAAUGGGUGUCAGGGAACCAAUACAAUUAUAUUUUCCAAACUACACUAAAGAAGAACUAUUAAAAAUAAUUCUUCUACAACAUGACGCUUUUGUUUACUAUCUGAAACAUAAUUAUGAAAUAGACAGUGACAUCAAUCAAGAACUUGAAAAGCCAGAGUUAUUUGAAAACUUUCUUAAUGCAUUCUUAAGCGUGUUCUUCAGACCGUGUCGUGAUCUGAUCGAGCUGCAACACAUGGCGAAAGUAAAUUUUGUUAAAUAUUGUGAGCCAAUCAUAAAGAAAGAAAUAAAUGCGAGUGAUCUAUCAAAACUUUGGCGUAAUAUUGCUCCAAUAUUAAAAACAAGCCUAGAAAUGUUAUAUUUAAGAAUAAGUACACAGAACACAACAGAAAUAACAAAUGAUAAAGAGAAUGAUAUUCAACCUAAUUGUGAUUUUGAAAAUACCUUACAACUCUUAUCUACUAAGACAUUUGCUCAAAGUUUUGAAUUACCAUAUUAUGCCAAAUUUUUACUUAUUGCAGCUUAUUUAGCUAGCUAUAAUCCACCAAAAGAAGACAAGCGAUUAUUUAUGAAAAAUCAUGGAAAACAAAGGAAAAGGCUUCAACAAGUGCGAGCAAAAGCAAAAAUAACUGAAAAGCUCAACACACAGCUUGGUCCAAAAGUCUUUAAUCUUGAUCGCCUUUUAGCAAUAUUUUAUGCAAUUUUAGAGGAAAAAAUUGGUUUAACAAGUAACUUAUUGGCUCAAAUUGCAACACUUGUUGAAUUAAAGCUCAUUGCUGGAAAUAAAGAGGUGGAUCUGGAUUCUUCCAAGUAUAAAUGUAUUGUGGGCUAUGAUUUUAUAUCAGCAGUAGCCCAAACUGUUGGCUUUAAUGUAAGAAAAUAUUUAUAUGAUUUCAUUUAAAAAGACUGGAUGGUUAUUAUUACUUCUACAAUAAAAACUUCUGUUUAACUAUUUAAUUGCAUAUAUAAGUCACUUAAUAGUUGGUUCAUACUAUUUUUUGAUUGAUGUAAUAUGGAUUACAGGAUAUAAUAGGUAUUGUUUUAGUUCAAAAAUUAUUUUGUUUGAUUACAUUUCACUUUGAAUAAAUUUCAUAAAAUCUCAUGUUUUAUUUUUAAGUAAGCCAGUAUACAGUAGCUUCAAUACUUAGAAGUAAAAAGGCAAAGUAUAUUUAGGAUUUUCAUCCAUAUGUUCUUUCAAUUAAAUAAUGUUAAAACUUUUAUAGCAAAUACUGUCUUUGCAUUUACAUACAUCUUCAAGCAAAUGUAAAAUGCACACAUAACAAGAAAGUCCAUUGGUGCACAGCCGGAGAUCGAAUGUACGACCUCAGUGUUGAGACUAUGUAAAGCCACUCAGCAUUAACUCAAAGUAAAAAUAACAGAUUCAUUACCGAUUUUAAUAAAAUAGAUGGCUGCUGCACAGCCUUUUUAUUGUCCGUCAUACAUUUAAAAUACAA